GGGACGGCGCGCGUGUGGGUGUGUGAAUGUGUGUGUGUGAGAAAGAAAGAGAGAGAGAGAGAGAGAGAGAGAGAGAGGAAGUUUGUGUAUGUGUGUGUGACGGAAAGGAAGAGAGGGGAGUCACAGAAAACUUCCUAGCAGCCAGAGAGACAGCCUGGUGUCCGAGUGUCCAGACAUCAUGGUGUCCAUCAUGGCUGUGUUUCUGAGCCUCCUCAUGCUGGCUGCCAGUGUGUUUGGACAGGAGCUCCCAUCAGGCCCUCAUGGCUGCACAGAGGGAAGCUGUUACCCUGCCACAGGAAACCUUCUGAUUGGACGGGCUGUUAACCUAACCGCCACCUCGACUUGCGGCCUAAACGGACCGGAGCACUACUGCAUUGUCAGCCAUCUGCAGGAGUCUGACAAGUGUUUCGAGUGUAACUCCCUGCAUCGCUACAACCCGGACCACCACAGAAACAGCCACCGCAUUGAAAAUGUUAUCUACCUCAUGGACAGCAAAGGGGACAACACCUGGUGGCAGUCUGUCAAUGGACUGGAGAAUGUCAGCAUCAGACUGAACCUGGAGGCUGAAUUCCACUUCACACAUCUCAUCAUAAAGUUCAAGACUUUCCGACCUGCAGCCAUGAUCAUCGAGCGUUCAGCUGAUUUCGGCCGCACUUGGCGCCCCUACCGCUACUUUGCCUCAAACUGCACCAAGACCUUUCCUGGCAUCCACGCCAACGGCCUGCACCACAUCAACGACGUCAUCUGUGAAGAGCGCUACUCCGACAUUGAGCCCUCCACAAAUGGAGAGGUCAUUUACAAGGUUUUGGAUCCUGCCAUUCAGGUGAAAGACCCUUACAGCCUGGACAUUCAAGAACUUCUGCGUAUCACCAACCUGCGUAUAAACUUCACCAAGCUCAACACUCUGGGAGACGACCUGCUGGACCGACGCUUUGAUGUCCUGCAGAAGUAUUACUAUGCCAUCUAUGAGCUGGUGGUCAGAGGGAGCUGCUUCUGUUAUGGACACGCCUCAGAGUGUGCCCCGGUGCCAGGAGUGGAGGCCCGGGAGAAUGGCAUGAUCCACGGUCGCUGUGUGUGCAAACAUAAUACAGAGGGCUUAAACUGUGAGCGCUGCCGACAUUUCCACAAUGACCUGCCUUGGAGACCAGCAGAGGCGGAGAACCCACACACCUGCAGAGAGUGUAACUGUAAUGGCCACUCAAACCAAUGUCACUUUGACAUGGCGGUGUAUUUGGCCACGGGCAAUGUCAGUGGAGGAGUGUGUGACGACUGCCUGCACAGCACCAUGGGACGCAACUGUGAGAUGUGCAAACCUUUCUACUACCAAGACCCUAACAGGGAUAUUAGAGACCCACGAGUCUGUGUCGCCUGUGACUGUGACCCGGUCGGCUCUUUGGAGGGAGGAGUGUGUGACAGUCACACUGACCUUGACAUGGGGAUGAUCGCAGGACAGUGUCGCUGCAAAGCCAACGUCAAAGGCACGCGCUGUGACGACUGCAAGGAAGGUUAUUACGGACUCAGCCAGAAUGACCCGCUGGGUUGUCAACCUUGCAACUGUGACCCCCGUGGCAUCAUCAUGAUGGGAGCUCCUUGUGACCAGAUCAGUGGGGACUGCUCCUGCAAAAGAUAUGUCACCGGUCGCUACUGCAACCAGUGUCUGCCUGAAUACUGGGGGCUCAGCAACGACCUGGCUGGCUGCAGACCAUGUGACUGUGACUUUGGUGGAGCCUUCAAUAACAGGUGCAUGAUGGAGAAUGGCCAGUGUGACUGCAGAAGGCAUCUGAUUGGUCGGCAGUGUUCAGAGGUUCAGCCCGGGUAUUUCUGUGCUCCGCUGGACUACUACAAAUUCGAGGCCGAAGACGCAACUGGGCACUCCCCUGCUGACCCUGCACUGCCGGGCAAAGUUCGUCCUCAGGCAGAGACCGACUGUGUUCAGCACCUCAGCAACCAGCUGAGGAGGCACCGGCGUCAUCGUCGCAUCACCAACUCGCAGCAACAUCGGGCAGCCCUGAGACGGAUCCGCCAGCUUCAACAAACACCGGAUGUGAGAACCGUUCAUAGAGAGCACACUCCCAGCCACAUGGUGACGUGGACUGGACCUGGUUUUGCCCGCGUCAAAGAUGGUGCCGGCCUGGUGUUCACCAUCGACAACAUCCCCUACGCCAUGGAGUAUGACAUCAUGAUCCGCUAUGAACCUGAGUCCACAGAGGACUGGGAGGCUAUAGUUAGCAUUACAUCUGUGCACCUGCCAUCCAGUCUUCGGUGUGGAAACCUCCUUCCAACUGAACAGCUCUACACAGUGGCCCUGCCGCACCGCAAAAGAUACAUCGAAAUGCCCAGGCCAUUCUGUUUCGAGCCCAGUAAUCGUUACGUGGUUGCAAUCCGGUUCCAGCGUCACGAUGUCACACACAGACACCUCACUGCCUUCAUUCUCAUUGACUCGCUGGUUUUGAUCCCCAAAUACACUGAGCUUCCUGGUUUCCAAGGUAACGAGCCGGAGGCAGAGGAGCGGCGGGAUGAGAUGAUUCGUUACAUGUGUCUGGAUUCCUUUAUGAUCACACCGAUGCCCGCCCUGGCUGAGAUGUGCUCCAAACUCAUUUGCAGUAUUUCAUCCAUCAUUCAUGAUGGCGCUCUUUCGUGUCAGUGUGACCCUCAGGGCUCCCUCAGUGGUGAGUGUGGAAAGGUGGGAGGUCAGUGUCGUUGUAAGCCCAAUGUGAUGGGUCGACGCUGCGACCAGUGUGCGCCAGGAACCUACGGCUUUGGAGUGAAUGGCUGCACUGCCUGUGACUGCCACCCAGGCGGCUCAUUGAGCCACCAGUGUGACCCAGUCACAGGCCAGUGCCAGUGCAAGCCAGGAGCCACUGGGCGUCAGUGCUCAGACUGCCAGCCAGGCCAGUGGGGCUUUCCCAGCUGCAGCCCCUGUCAGUGUAACGGCCACGCGGACCUCUGUGACCCCCGCAGCGGAGAGUGUAGAGACUGCAGGGACUACACAGCAGGACACCUGUGCGAGCGGUGUGUGGAUGGGUUCUUUGGGAACCCGGUGCUUGGUUCAGGCGAGCACUGUCGGCCCUGCCCCUGUCCUGGUAACCCCGGCUCAGAACACUUUAACGGGCUGUCCUGUCACGCUGACCACACCUCCAACCAGAUCAUCUGUGACUGCAAACAAGGCUACACUGGGCCCCGCUGUGACCAGUGUGCCCCUGGUUACUAUGGCAACCCAGAACAAUCCGGUGGGCAGUGCCUCUCCUGCAAUUGCAACGGCAACAUCGACACCCAGGACCCCGAGUCAUGUGACCCCAGGACUGGCCAGUGCCUGAAGUGUCUGUACCACACCGACGGCCCGUCCUGUGCCCACUGUCAACACGGUUACUACGGCAACGCUUUAGCCCACGACUGCAGACGCUGCACCUGUGUGACUGCUGGCACCGUCCAGUCUGCUUGCAGUGAUGGACAUUGUCACUGUGACCGGCAGACUGGAGCCUGCUCUUGCAGGGAGAAUGUGGCCGGCCACAACUGUGAUCAGUGUGCUCCUAACCACUGGAACUACGGUCAGGACCGAGGCUGUGAGCCCUGUGGCUGCGACCCACAACACGCCCUGGGAGCUCACUGCAACAUGUUCACAGGACAGUGCCGCUGUCAACCGGGCUUCGGAGGUAAACAGUGUACUGAGUGUGAGCAGUUUCACUGGGGAGACCCGAAGGUGCAGUGUCAAGAGUGUAACUGCCACCCACUGGGCUCAGAGAUGGCCCAGUGCGACCGAUCCACGGGGGCGUGCGAGUGCAGGGAAGGAGCAGCGGGGAAGCGCUGCGAUGAAUGCGCUCGUGGCUUCACUGGCGAAUUCCCCAAGUGCGUCCAGUGUCACCCGUGCUUCCAGCUGUGGGAUGACGCUGUAUGCCAGAUUAAAAGGGACCUGGAUCACAUCCAGUACACCGCGCAGAAGAUCCUGGAGAGCGGGGUCACGCCGGGAGUCGGGGACACGCGCAUCAAAGAGCUGGAGAGGAAGCUGAAGCAAGUGCAGGAUCUAAUCAGCAGGGAGGACAGGGACAGGAUCCACCAGCUGAUUGGACAGAGCAUCGAUGACCUCAGGGCUGAGAUUGCUCUGACAGACGGGCGUCUGAUGAGCGUCACCCGAGAGCUAAAUACAACCGCAGAAGAAGAAGGGGCACUGAGGCAUACAUUGAGUGACCUAGAGAGAGAGUUGCGGGACAUCAACACCACUUUGGCCCACAAACGACGCCUGCUGGAUGAUUACCUCACCUCAGGAUUUGCAGAUCAGUUUGAGAAAGUGAAGAAGUACUAUCAGGAGUCGCUGGAAGCUGAGGAGAAAUGCAACGCUUCAGUGUCCGGUCCUGUCAGUCCUGUGGAACAAUCCAAAGAAACCCGAGCUAUCACUGAAGAGCUGCUGGACGCCAGUAAAGACAAGUUCCUCCGCGCUCUGGCUGCCCAGAACAAAUCAUUAAACGAGCUGCAGCACAAAGCCCACGACCUGGAUAAGAAAGGCCACCACCUCAGUCGCAAGGUAUGCGGUGGACACGGAAAUGCCACUGUCAAUGGCAGCUGCUCAGACAGCCAAUGUGGAGGUGCCGGUUGCCGUGACGAUCAGGGCAAUCGUGUAUGUGGAGGAGAGGGUUGCAACGGGACAGUAAGCACCUCUAUAGCAGCACUGAAUCUCGCCAAGAACGCCACUGACAGUGUAAACGCUGCCAACGAGGAGCUGCAGAGCAUGGCCAAAAAGCUUCAGGAUAUUGCCUCCCUGACUCAGGAUGUGAAGAACCAGGCAAUGAACACGCUGGAGAAAGCCCAGAAGAAGAAGGACCACUUUGAAAACAACAACAAGAAGCUCAAAGAUUUCAUUAAGAAGAUCAGAGACUUCCUCACUGAGGAGGGAGCCGAUCCACAGAGCAUAGAGAAAGUUGCUCAACAGGUGUUGGCCAUCACCUUGCCGAACAGGACCGCUCUGGACAAAAUGGUCAUGCAGAUAAAGGACAGCCUUUCCAACCUCACCAACAUCGAGGGGAUCGUCAACCAAACCUCGCAGCACAUCGGCACAGUCAAGGAGCUGCUCAACAAAGCUAAAGAAGCAAAGAAGCGAGCAGAGGGAGUGAAGGAUGCAGCCAACAACACCAGGCAGGCUCUGGAUGUGUCUGAGAAGGCCAUUCAGAAAGCACGCACAGCCCUGCAGGAGGCCCACGACAACCUGAACAGCACAAGGAAUGCCACAGUUGAGGUGGAUGAGAGGCUGACGGAGCUGCAGGAUAAGCAGAUGGAUGUCAUGAUGCGUUUGAACAACCUCUCCAUGGAGGUGGAAGCUCUGAGGAACAAGACGGAGCAGAACAGACAGAUGGCAAAAGAAGCCAAAGUACUGGCUAACAACGCGACGCACCUAGCAUCCUCACUGGAGAAGAGUCUCAACGACACAGAGAGCCAGUACCGGGAGCUGCAGAAGAAGGUGGACUCUCUCGGUGGGGACGCUGGAAGUCUGAAUAACAUUAACCAGAAAGCCAAGGACAUGAAGAAGGAGGCAGAAGACCUCUUAAACAAAGCCAGCAAGGGGAUAGAACAACUCAGGAAAUUGGAGAAAAAGUUCAAGAGUAACGAGCAGCGGAUGCAGAAGCAGCGCAUGGAGCUGGACCAGCUGAAGGAAAACGCCACAGUGGUGCGGGACGAGAUCCGGGAACAGGUGCAGAAGUACAGUAACUGUGUGUGAGGAUGCUCCAGUUCCCCGUUUACCAUUUGCUGCUGUAGAGCCAAGCAGAUAUGACUGAAGCUGUGACUGGGACAGAAACACGACAUCACCCAUGGAAAUAAAGCACUGCUUUGGUACCUCCAUUCUUUCACUGGUUAUGCAUCAAGUUUUACACAUUACCUGUCAAGUGUUAUAUCACAGAAAUGCCUUCCUCUGUCCAUGUACUGUAUCUCUUUUUGACUCCAACAUAUCAACACUGUCCUAUAUGGUGUUCAUGUCUUUAAGCUAUUAUAACAGGUGGAUGACCUGUGGAGAAUAUUUGUUUUAUGAUAUUUGAUUACUAAACAGAAGAGAUAUAUCAGAUUAUGUUAUCAGAAAUUUGUUAUUUUGACCAAAAGUUCUUAAAAGAUUUUGUGUGUUUUUUUGCUGUAAUUUGACCACAUUAGUAUAUUUACAAUAUGACAUUCCUAUUAAGAAAUAUAUGGAGAAGCUUGAUUUUUUGGAAUUAAAUGUGUCUAUUUUUACUACAAAAGAAACUUAAUUAAAUACAUAUUAUUACAUAUACAAGUAUUCUUGUAAGCAAAGUUCAUUCUGAGGAGUGAUGGU